UCUCACUGUUCUUCUGCAGUUUUAUUUGUCUUGCUGGAAAUCCAGAGCUACAACCGGUUGGCGUUUGGCCGCCUGUAUGGGACGCAAGUGAUUGCAUAUGCACAUUCCUUAGUUCCACAGCAAAAGCCGUGGGAUCGUAGUGACUCAUAGGAGAUGUUGGAGAUGGAGUCGAGCGGAGAACUCAGGACCCGUGGAUUGGGUAGAUUUUCUGCGUAUAUUAUCAGCAACUGGAAGCUGGUGACUUUCCUGCUGUGUGCGUAUGGCUUUGUGAAGGAGCUGAAGCCCAGUGAAGCAUUUCUCAACCCGUACCUUCUGGAGCGCACCAACCUAACCAACCAUGAGCUAUCAUCCAGUGUAUACCCAUUCUGGACUUACUCCUAUCUGGCUUUUCUGUUGGUAAUUCUGCCCAUCACCGAUUGGGUCCGGUACAAGCCUGUGAUCAUAGUGGAAUCGCUCGCCUACCUGGGCACGAGGGUAAUGCUGGUGUGGGGAACUUCCCUACAGGCCAUGCAGCUUAUGCAGAUCUUCUACGGCCUCGCCACGGCGACAGAGGUUGCGUACUACUCCUACAUCUAUGCGGUGGUGUCGCGCAACCACUACCCGUUUGUUAACUCAGCCGUGCGUGCAGUGGUGCUCGUUGGACGCAGUGGUGCAGGCUACCUGGGGCAGAUCUUGGACAACACUGGCACCCUCGACUACCGGCAGUUGAAUUACUUUUCGUUCGUCUCCGUGUGCGUAGCCCUGACGAUCAGCUUCUUCUUACCAAUGCCAGCGAAGCCGGCACCAAAGUCCGAUAGCCCAGGCCUGGUAGAAUCACUUCUCAGCAGCAACGAAUACAGCGAUCGCUUGCAGCGCUGCCGCCGCACUCUGCUGCGGAACUUGACCGGCUUCUUCUCGGACAUCCGCGAGAUCUUCUCGGACCGCGAGGUGCUCAAGUGGUCCAUCUGGUGGGCACUGGCGACGUGUGGUGAGCUGCAGGCGGGAAACUACAUCCAGAACCUGUGGGACCAGAUCUCCCCGGUUGUGUACUACGGCUAUGUGGAGGCCACCGCCACCUUGCUGGGCGCCGGCGCUGCCUUCCUGGUCGGCUACGUGUCGUUCACGUGGUCGAUCUGGGGCGAGAUGCUGCUCGGCGUGGUGAGCACGGUGGACUCGUUCGCUCUGUUCUUCAUGGCGCACACGGGCAACAUCUACUGGGCGUACGGACUCUGGCUGAUCUUCCGGGCGACGUACUCCUUGCAGAUCACCGUUGCAACGCUCCAGGUGUCCCAGCGGCUACGGAAGCAGCGCUACGGCCUCGUGUUUGGCAUAAACAUGUUCAUUGCACUGGCGCUGCAGACCGUCCUGACGGCGGUGUGUACUGCUCACUACAGUCCGCUGCGGCUUAAGAUCACAACGCAGUUUGUUGUGUAUGGCUCAUACUUCUGGGUGAUCGGUGCCAUCUUCCUAACAAGCGGUGUGUAUUCGCGUACCAAGGAAGGCUGGCAUGCAAGCUUGGAGAGAGACAGAGACAUCAGGUGUGUGAAGAAAGAUUUCGGGGGUGGCGAGAGCGACCUCAUGGAGCCGCUAAUACGAAGCCCGGACAGGUCCCUGCUGCUCAACCGCUCCGGUGCAGAGGAGAGUAGUGACGAUGAGCCUGUAUCUCUAGACAGGUAGUGACCAGUCAUCAUGUUUGGCUCUCUCUUUGUCUCUCUCUCUCUGUCUCUCUCUCUCUCUCUCUCUCUCUCUCUCUCUCUCUCUCUUUCGCUCCCUGCUCUCUUCUACCUCUAAGUUCAGAAGAAAAAGGCACAUUUGCCGGCCACUCGCCGACAGCGGACCGCAUGUAGCAACGCCUACAGCACACUGGAACUCCAGAUGUGCGCUGUGCGUGGUACAAGGCCCCCGCCACAGAUUGGUCACGACUAACCCCGUGCUGAUAACAGAUUGGUCACGACUAACCCGGUUACCCCGUGCUGAUAACCAGCUUGAUGUCUUUCUCUGCUAGUGGUGCUGACCUCGCUCAUCUGUGCCUUUGGGAUACGGGCUGCUUUUGAGCCGACCCAUUCGAGACCAAGCUAGCCUGAAAUACACUGGCCCCAGUGCAGUGCACGUGUACAGGCAAGGAUACAAAGUCCCAGUGCAGUGCACAUCACGGCUCUGCAGUGUACAGGACAGUAUACAAAGUCCAAGUCGGCCACUGAUACACUGAUUUUGAACGGAUAACCAUCGGGUUGCAACGAGUAAACUUAUGAUUUCGGCUGGCCUCGCUCUUUUUGAAUUUUAUUUAGACAGUUAUUUAUGCUACUACCAGUGUCUUUGACCUUAUGGUAUCUUCGCUGAAGAAUGGAUAGACGAGCUUAUUUACAGUCUUUAUCCCUGGUUUUUCAGCACGCGUUCCGCUAUCAGGGGAAUCCACACAAGCACCAUCUAUUUUAGUUAGCCGCCGUUCCGCUUUUUAUUGGGGCAUGGGGGGGGGGGGGGGGCUGAAUGUAUUCGAAGCCGAACAGCGCUCUUGUCCGCUGUUUGCCCUCUGUUGUUCACCAUGGUUUAGUUUUGUGCUUUUCUUGACUUGACUCUGUGACUUGAUUCUUCUUGAUUUGAGCAUCACCAAUGUCUUAUAUGUAGAGGUGAAAAGAGGAAAUUCACCGAGCAUUCCAGACAGCCACCGUAUAUUCUUUAGCCUAUACGCCAUGCAGGUGGUAGCAAGAGUACUCUUGCUAGUAGGUACCAUGUUUUCUGGAGUAUAUAUAAGCCGCACUUUGAACACUCAAAAUUCACCCAAAAAGAGCGGGUGCGGCUUAUACUCCGAUGAUCAAAUUAACAGUGAUAAAAUAGGGUAGAUGUGUGUGUUCCGUGGCAAAAAAAUGGGGGUGCGGCUUAUACUCCGGAAAAUACGAUAUAUAUUUUUAUUUAGAAUAAUUUGUUUUUCGAAAA